AUGACUCCAUGGUGCUUCCUUAAGUCUCCUCCGCAGGUGCUUUUGGACGGAUACAAAAGGAAGUUUCGCCGCGAGUUCCCCAAUGACAAAAUGCCACCGGACUACACAUUUCCAACGAAGCGGUCUGAUGAGAACGAGGACGAACCAAAAUUGAUUGUUAUUUCAAAGGGCGAUAUUGGCGUAAGAGAAACCAACUCAUUGCGUUGGGGUGUAGAAGAUCUAAGAGACCAUAUCAGGGCCAUUAACAGUGUCGACGAUCUCUCCACUAGAGAGUGGGAGAUCUUUGGGGAUGGAGACAUUGUCAAUACCGGCCUUCCUGAGCUAGAGCUCCAGGCUCCGUCUGUCAACCUCAAUGUAGAAGCUACUUAG